GACACCCCUUGCCUCAACACAGGAAUCGGUGAAAAUACAAGCAAUCACAAACACAGUGGGGCACGACAAUAAAUCAUCGGUAACCUAAGGUAUACAUGCCACCUCUGGCACACCAGCAGUGAGUCUGCAAGAGGGUUCUCUGAAAGUGAACAGCAGCUGGCAGUUGCGCGCCCUGUUCUGGACUCUGCUGGACCAGAACUCGUUGCCUUUUAUACAAAAUGCAGAUACCCUGAAAAUGGUAGUCGGGACGUCAGCGUCAACAGAUCAGCAUCUUGUACGGGCUCCUUCGCCUCGCACUCUGGCCGUAAACAAGUCCAUUCCUCGGGCCUCGUGAGGCGGCUUUUGCCGGAUUGUGCAUCGAGGGAGAUCUUGAGCGUGAGAUUAGCUGGACGGUUGACGAGCAGAGCCAUCCCUCUACGAGGAAGCCCAAAGGCGGCAAGAAGGCACUAAGACCCAGUGGAGAGCAGUGGAGGCUGGGUGCUGCCUCCCCACCCGCCGCCUGCCUGUCUGCUCUGCACGGCUCUGCAGUUGCCUUAGGAGCGUGCCGGAGACAGUGCAUGUGUGUGUGUGAAAGUGUGUGUGCUGGAAGUGUGUGUGUGUGUGUCUCAUCACAGGCUGGAAGACCAGAGCCCUCUCCACAGUUUUUUCCCCCCAUCCCUCUGUUCUGCUCUUGCACUGCUCUCCCACCUGAAUCGAAGACCUGGCGAGAAGAGAGCUGCGAGGAGGAGGAGGAGGAGGGGGAGGAGGAGGAGGAGGAGGAGGAGGAGUGUGUGUGUGGGUUUGGAUAGGAAGAGGGGGUGGUCAGUGAUGACGAGCUGAAAGGGGGCCAGGUGAGGAAGAGACACAGGCUUGCUCCUCUCUCUACCCUCUCCUCUCUCUCUCCAUGUGAUGUGGUGAGUGUGUAUGUGUGUGUGUGUGUGUGUGUGAGAGAGAGACAGAGAGACAGAGAGAGAGAGAGAGAGAGAGAGAGAGGCAGGUCGUCUCUCCCUCAGUAGACUGUGAACCUGCACAGGAGGAGGAAGCAGCCCUCUCCAGACUGAGAUCCUUCCAACUGGAGCUCAUAUUGGAGACAGAAGGAAGUCUCGCCUGAAAGUUACAAGGACUCCUCCUGUGAUCUUCUGCUCAGUUCCAGGCUGCCGGGUUCAGAGCCUGUACCGCCCCAGCUGCCAUGACACACACCACCGCCUGAGCUUCUCAGUGACACCCUACGACAGGGGAGGAUGGGUGAUGGGCCUGUGAAGUUCAGCGGACUCUCUCCUCAUUAUCCCAUCUUCUCAUGGCGCGUCCCGUCACGCCGAGCCCCUCCUGGAACACUUCUCUCCCCACCUUUCCAUCCUCACUGCACCCGAAUACCUCCAACGUGACCGAGCCCGUUGCAAGCCUCCAAGGCGGGCUAGACCUGAACCAGUCCUUGGCGCUGUGUGCGAUGCUCAUCAUGGAUGUGCUGGCGGUGGUGGGGAACUUGGCCGUGAUGAUCGUCAUCACCAAAACGCCGCAGCUGCGCAAGUUUGCCUUCGUGUUUCACCUGUGUCUGGUGGACCUGCUGGCAGCGCUGGUGUUGAUGCCUCUGGGGAUGCUGUCAGACCGGAUCCUGACUCACGAGGCGCUGUGUCGGAGCUACCUCUGCUUGAGUGUCUGUCUAGUGAGCGCCGCCAUCCUCACCAUAUGUGCCAUCAACGUGGAGCGCUACUACUACAUCGUCCACCCCAUGCGACAUGAGGUGAAGAUGACGGUUGGGGUGGUGGUGAUGGUGCUCGUGGGAAUCUGGGUUAAGGCUGUUGUCAUGUCAGUGCUGCCCCUCCUGGGAUGGCUCUUCCAGGGGAGCCAGGGUCCGGGGGCUCAGAGACACUGCUCCCUCCACUGGACGGGAGGCUGGACCACACGGUUGCUUUUCAUGGUCCUCUUUACAUUUAUCUACUUCCUUUGCCCCAUGCUGAUCAUCCUUGUGGUCUACUGCAACAUGUUUAAGGUGGCGCGAGUGGCAGCCAUGCAGCACGGCCGCCUCCCCACCUGGAUGGACUCGUCGCGACAGCGAUCUGAGUCCAUCAGCAGCCACUCCACCAUGGCAGCCAGUCUUGGGGGAACUGGUGCCCGCUCCACCCCUCAGAGGACCUUCAGCGGCGGGAAGGCCGCGGUGGUCCUGGUGGCAGUGGGAGGCCAAUUCCUCUGCUGCUGGCUGCCAUAUUUCUCCUUCCAUCUCUACUCAGUUGUGGUGUCUAAUCCUCCCGCCCCUAUCGAGGACGUGGUCACAUGGAUUGGCUAUUUCUGCUUCACCUCCAACCCUUUCUUCUACGGCUGCUUGAACCGGCAGAUUCGCGAGGAGCUGGGCCGCCACCUGGCCUGCCUCUUCAAGCGGGCCGGGCCCAGCGAAGGGGAGCAGCUGCCCAGCCGAGAGGCCUCUAUCGAGGAGAACUUUCUGCAGUUCCUUCAGGGCACUGGAUGCAAUCUGGAGCCCUGCAACUCUCACAGCAGAGCCAGCCCAGAGGCGCCAGAGACUGAGGGUCUUCAAGAAUCAGCUGUUCAGCAGAACAUGCCAGCUGACUUUCACAUCCCAGGGCAGAUCCUCGAGGAAACCUCAGAGUUCAUACAACGGCAACAGCUGAACAAUGAGCUCCAUGUUUCGGAGAACUGCUGCAAAACUGUACCAGAGCUGUAGCUGCCUCUCCUGUACUGUCUCUGCCAUCUAUAAUCCAAUAAAUAUACAUAGUUUUAUUCA